AUGAAGAGGAGGGUCUUCUCUUAUUCGGGAGGAGAGGAGACUUUGCAGCUGGUGGGGUAUGCGGAUGCCUCACAUGCAUCAGACAAGAAAAUAGGGAAAGGCGCAUAUGGGUAUGUGUUCCUUCUUGACGUCCCACAUCUCUGCUCUGCUCUAUCCACUCAUGUCGCCACGGUCUCUGUGCAUGCUGCACAGGACAGGCACAUGUGCACUGGCUGCGUUGCUGGUGUGGCUGAUCAG